AUGCAAGCGGCCCGUGGAGAGGAACCAGGCUCUUCGGUUACAACCUGCAUCAGCGCCACCUGCUGGCUGAAAGCUACAUUGCACCCAGAGUUCCCUGUCUCCAUGGCGGGAAGGGAACAAACUGGAGCUCUUACUGUGUCCACGUAUACAGAUGUCGACGUAGGUGUCAACCUCUAUAGUGUAACCUUCAUGCAGCAACCUCAGGGAGGUCACAUACGGCCAGCUGUGAAGCUGGGUGGGAUUCGAAUCCAUAUCCCCUUUCUCCUCACUCCAGACACCUUCUAG